AUGUCGUACGCGCCUAACGGUCGCAUGCUCUCGCCGGGCGAGGUCUAUGAGGAGGCGCCCAAGUCCGUCAAGGAGGAAGAAUGGUCAGAGGACCUGAACGUCACCCUUAUGUGCCCCGACUGUCGCGAAAUGCCCCCAAACCUCGUCGAAGAGUUCAGCGCCGGAGACACCAUCUGUGGCUCCUGCGGCCGUGUCCUCUCGGAGCGCGGCAUUGACACACGGUCGGAGUGGCGUACGUUCUCCAACGACGACCAAGGCAACGAUGACCCCUCCCGUAUCGGUGACGCCGCCAACCCGUUGCUGCGAGGCUCCCAGCUGCAAACUGAAAUCGGCUUCGGCGACGGCGGCCUGAAGGUGCGCGAACUGUCUCGUGCCCAUAACAAGAGCAACCACGACAAUGGCAACAAGUCGCUCCAAUCUGCCUACGGCCAAAUCACCACGCUCUGCGACUCGCAAAACAUUAGCAAGACCACGCAAGAUACUGCCAAGCUGCUGUUCCGUAUGACGGACGAUGCAAAGCUGUUCAAGGGCAAGUCGCAGGACGCCAUCAUCGCCGGCUGCAUCUUCAUCGCUUGUCGACAACACAACCAGAACCGUAGUUUCCGUGAGAUCUUCAAGAUGACCAACGUGUCAAAGAAGGAGGUGGGUCGUACAUUCAAGGCUCUCGAAGCGUUCCUACAAAAGAAGCAGAAGGACAGCGGUGGCCCUCAGGUUGCCGGAAAUGGCGCUGUUCUGGACACUACAAACUUCUCCAAGGGCGGCAGCACCAGCGCAGAAACGCUCAUGCCUCGUGCCUGCGCCAAGCUUGACCUCGAACGCUUCAUCCAGCUCAUUGCCGAAGAGUGUGCACGCCUCGUCUCGGAUCACGGAAUUGCUGCCGGUCGCUCUCCUCUGUCUAUUGCCGGUGCCUGUCUUUAUUUUGUUUCUCAUCUUAUGGGCAACCCUCGAUCCCCCAAGGAGAUUGGCCAGGCUGUCGAGGUCAGCGACGGUACUAUCCGCACCGCCUACAAGGCCCUCUACAGCGCACAAGAUCAAAUCAUCAAGCAAGAGUGGCUGGAAGCCAGCAAGGGUGGCGACAAAUCGAGGCUCCCUGCAAUCUAA